GACAAAAGGUAUUUGAGGGCUGAGAAAAGGAGCGUUAUGGCACUGCUGCAGGAACUAUUCCAGUCUCCCAGCACGGUCACCCUGCUUGUUGCUUUGCUACUUUUUCUUGUUUUCUGGCUUCUCUCCACCAAUCGCAGCUGGGGGAAGGAGCCCCCAGGACCCAGACCUUUGCCUCUCAUAGGAAACCUGCUGCAGCUGGAUCUCAAGAGACUUGAUCUCUCACUCUGGAGGCUGUCUAAAACAUAUGGAUCCGUGUUCACUGUCCACUUUGGCCCCAAGAAAGUCGUGGUUCUUACCGGCUUCAAGACUGUGAAAGAGGCUCUAGUCAACCAUGCAGUGGAGUUUGGAGAACGGGAGAUAUCGCCAAUAUUUUAUGAUAUUUCAAAAGGCCAAGGAGUCCUGUUUUCCAAUGGAGACUCGUGGAAGGAGAUGAGACACUUUGCUUUAUCCACCCUUCAGGAUUUUGGGAUGGGAAAACGAGGAAGUGAGGAGAAGAUCAUUGAGGAGAUCCACUACAUGUCAGAGGUGUUUGAAAACUUUAAAGGCAAACCAUUUGAUGCCAGUGAAGCAGUGAAUCAAUUAAUCUCCAACAUCAUUUCCUCCAUCGUCUAUGGCAGUAGGUUUGAAUAUGAUGACCCAGAGUUCCAAAGGAUGGUAAACAGAGGGAAAAAAAAUGCCAAACUCAUGGUGUCACCUACCAUCCAGCUGUAUAACAUGUUUCCAAGGCUGGGUCCUUGGCUGAAGGACUGGAUCACCCUGAAGAAGAAUAUUGAGAGCAACAUAGAGCAGGUGAAAGGUCUGGUGAAGAAUCUACAGGAGACUCUGAAUGCUGAGGACAGGAGAUGCCUUGUGGACUCCUUUCUUAUCCGACAGCAGGAGAUUAAGAAAUCCAGGGAGCAAGAAUCCCCCUACUACCACGAGAAUAACCUCAUCAUUACAGUGACUAACUUGUUUGCGGCUGGGACUGACAGCACUGUGAACACACUGCGUUGGGGCCUGCUGCUUAUGGCCAAGUACCCCCAUAUACAGGACCACGUACAGGAGGAGUUGGACAGGGUCACUGGGGGUCGGCAGACGCGAAUGGUGGACAGGAGGAACCUGCCGUAUACAGACGCUGUCCUGCACGAGAUACAGAGACUGGCUAACAUUGCUCCAAUGAGUAUCCCUCACAUCACAAGCUGUGACGUGCUCUUCCGGGGAUACCACAUCAAGAAAGGGACCACUGUCAUCCCCCUGUUGACGUCUGUACUUUAUGAUGAGAGUGAAUGGGAGACUCCCCAUACCUUCAACCCCGGCCACUUCCUGGACUAUCACGGUCAAUUCAGAAAGAGGGACGCCUUCAUGCCCUUCUCUGCAGGGCGUCGGGCGUGUCUUGGCGAGAGUCUGGCCAGGAUGGAGCUCUUCCUCAUCUUCACCUCACUCCUGCAGAAGUUCCGUUUCACUCCACCUUCUGGGGUGUCUGAAUCGGAUCUGGACCUCACUCCAUGUUUUGGGUUGACCCUCGGCCCCUCCCCUCACAAACUGUGUGCUGUCAGCCGAGCUUGAAGAUCCCAAAUUCAGAUUUCUCGAUCAGACAAGGAGUGCAUGUGCUGAAGAGCCUGACUCUGCCACCAGAAACCUCAGAGAUUCCUGAGUGUGAGUCUGACAUCUAGUGGCAAGAGUCACUGCUUCUAAGCUCUUAUCGGACAUAAUGAAACUUGAGGGAACUGAAGCGUACACCGUUCAGCCAUAACAUGCGCGUGUGGCGUUUGAGGGAGAGAUAGUGCCAGGAUGCACUACGGGAAGAUGGCAAUAAGGUAAAAAAAACAGCUGAGUGUGAAGCCUUUGUCGCCAUCUGGUGUUCAUUUAAGGAAGCAGAAACUAAAUUCCUCAACAGUAUAAACAACCAUAUUCAAAAGACAUACUAAGCAAAAACAUAAAUACUCUUGUAAAUGACUAAUUUUAGUUCAACAUAUACAAUGAACUUUUGAUUUUUAAUAACUAAAAUAUUCCAAUAAUUUAAUUCUUCUCAACUAAGUAAGAUAAACGUGUUUUAUGUGCGAGCCUGAUCCUAUUCCUAAUCUUAACCCUAUUAAAUGUAUAGAGACAACUCAAAACACUAACCCUAAUCCUAAUUCUAACCCUAACCCUUUCAUAAAACCAGGACAACCAAAUCCACAUCUAAUCUGUCUAAUUACUCUGUGAAUUGAACAAUAUUGCAGCCACAUUUAAAAAAAGUACUUGUAGAUGUAAAUCAGUUCCCUAUUAUAACACAUGUUAUAUAUUGAGUUUUGGUCAUAUAUUGAGUGUCACAACCACUAAUUUGAGCUACAAAGCCUCUUCUGUGUAACAAAAAGCAUGACGUUGGCUGUCUAAUCAAACCUGUUGAAUAUGAAUUUCAGAAACUGAAUCCAUUUUGGAAAGUUUUUCAAAUUAAAUUAUAAUGCAAAACAAUCAGACUGAAUUAAUCUACAUUUCUCAAUAUGAAGAAUUUUGCAUCUUACCCUGUGUAACUAUUCAAAAAAGUAGACUACCUUACAGUAUAUAAAUAUAGCUCCUUACGAACCUUCAGAAUUUAGGAUCUUCAACCUCGACUUACAGCACACAGUUUGUGAGGGGAGGGGUUGAGGGUGAACCCAACUGCUGGAGUGAGGUUCAGAUCAGAUUCAGACACCCCAGGAGGUGGAGUGAAACGGAACUUCUGCAGGAGUGAGAUGAAGAGCAGAGCAAAACUAAGUCCGGAAAGUAUCCUGAUGGUGCCACGCCCCCUGAUUAUCCACGUGUGCUUUCCUGAUCGUACCCAGCUGUGUCUAGUUAUUUUGAUCAGUCCUGUCUAUUUAAGUCCAAGUCUUGUACGUAUCCCUUGUCCGUCACUGAUGUUGUCGAUGCCCGUGUUCUAUCCUGCCAUGCCCUGAUUAAAUCCCCGUUUAUCCCGAA